AACAUAUAAACAAAAAAUUUCAAGUUCAAUUGAUAAGAGCUACAGGACUCUACCUAGCUACCAGCCCAAUUCUGCAACAGUGACUGCUUUCAGGCCUGGCAGUGUGAUUGCAGACUUUACUAUCAAUACAACAAAUGCUACCCUUAAUUUGGCAUCAGCAAACCAAGACCUUGCUAGUAGUCUCCGUUUACAGGGAUUCGAUGUGAGCGAUACUGCAUUCAUCCAAAGUGUGAAAGAUGGACUAUAUGGAAGUAGUGGCAAUAUAUAUCCUGGGACAAAUCUCACACUGACCUGCAGUCCUCCAGUAAAUAAUGGCAUAAAAUGGACCCUGGAUGGGAAACCCAUCGUAGUCAAUUCAAAUAAUAUCCUUCAACUCGAUAAUGUCACCCCCGAUGACAGUGGUCAAUAUGCAUGCACAACUACAGUAAACUCAAUGCCCUAUGUUAUCUGGCAAAUCAUUACAAUUCAACCAUACCCCAAUAUUGAAGUGACCACUAACAAAGUUGUACAAUGUGAGGAUACAACAAUCCCACUGCAGUGUUGUGUACAGGAGAUGUAUCAAGUGGAGUGGAACAUAUCUUGCACCUCACCUUCAACAGGCUCACCGGCAGGCUGCAUAUUAUGUGACUAUACAAUUAAACAAAAUGAUUGCCAGACUGCUGAACAAGAAAAACAUGUCACAUGCAAACUCAAAAAUCCCAUCAAUGGAACUACAACUCAAAGUUACAACUCAAAGAGCAUCACAAUAAGUGUAUCAAACAAAGCAUUUAGCUGCUCAGAUAGUAUAUUUGGAGCUGGAAAUCUGGGAGACGUACACAAUGGUGACUGUAAUAAAGAAAUGGUUGGCUAUCAAGUAGCUCUGUGUAAUUCAUCAAACCUCUGGCAACCCAUAGAAGACUACUGUGUCCUGCGUAUCUUUGCAACUUUAAAAGAUGAAGCUGAGAAUUUACAGGUUGGAAACCUCCAACAAUUUAUGGCCAACGUCAGCAAUAAUGCUGUAUUACAGAUUCAAAACAUCACUGAUUCUCCAGCUACCAUAUUAACAAUUGUAGAAAUACUGAAAAUCAUUUCUAAUUUCUCACAAAAUAUUUUAAUCAAUCAACCCGUCAUGACGAAUUUCUUACAAACAACCGAUGUCAUUGGAUCAAAUGAUACACGAGACACAUGGGUGCUUUUAAACAAAAACAGUACAACAACGAAUACCAGUUCUGAACUUCUGAACUCAACUGAGAGCAUUGCACGCAGACUCCGGGAUGAAAGCAUCUCGAUAAUAACAAACACAUCUUCUCUCAAUAAAACUUCCAUUACUGCUCCCUUUUCUGGAACAUUUGGAAAAAAUUUAACUACCCAAAUAAAUAUUCCAGCGACUAGUACACAGACGUCCCUCACAGUCAUAAUUUCUUCAGCUUUUAACAAUGUCUUACCUGUUCGAAAUCUUACCAACAAUAACAGCAGUCAGACUGGCACCAGCAUCAAUGGAGAUGUAGUCCUAAUUGAGACAAACUCAACAAUUAACAACAUUUCCCUCUCUUUUGACAUCAAAAAUAAGAGACUGGGAAACCCUCAGUGUGUCUUUUGGAACUUUAAUCUUCUGAAUGACGUUGGGGGAUGGGACUCAACUGGAUGCCAACUAAAGAAAUUAGGAAAUGAAACUGAAAGAAUUACGUGUGAGUGCAAUCACACAACCUCUUUUUCAAUCCUGAUGUCACCAUUUACCCUGGAUAAAAACUUAGCAAUAGUCUUAGACUAUAUAACUUACAUUGGUGUGGCCAUUUCAUUGGGCAGCUUGGUUUUGUGUCUCAUCAUUGAAAUGAUUAUAUGGAAAUCAGUGACAAGAAAUGACACAUCCUACAUGCGCCAUGUCUCCAUAGUCAACAUCGCUGUCUCCCUUCUGAUUGCGAACAUAUGCUUCAUCAUUGGAGCAGCAGUUGUAACGAAAGGAGUGGGUCCCUGCAGUACAGCGACAUUCUUCAUGCACUUCUUUUAUCUUGCCCUUUUCUUCUGGAUGUUGCUGUCAGCACUCUUGCUCCUCUACCGCACCCUCAUGGUCUUUUCCAGACUGACCAAAGGAGCAAUGAUGGCCAUAGCCUUCACUGUUGGCUAUGGAGCCCCAUUAAUCAUAGCUGUCAUUACUGUGGCCUCUACAGCUGGAAGUCAAGGAUACAUUCAAAAAGAUUACAAUUGUUGGCUAAACUGGAGUAAAACGAAGGCCCUCCUGGCAUUUGUGAUUCCUGCUCUGACUAUUGUAGCUAUAAACCUCCUGGUGCUUAUUGUGGUUCUGUGUAAGAUGUUGAGGAGAGGAGUUAAUGCCACCACUCAGCCAGAUGAGAAACAUCCCCUAAUGGUCAUUGCUAGAUGUGUGGCAAUUUUAACACCUCUCUUUGGUCUAACGUGGGGAUUCGGCAUUGGGACCAUGGUGUCACCAAACUUUGGGAUUCAUGUGGUGUUUGCGUUCCUUAAUUCACUGCAGGGUUUCUUUAUUUUGCUGUUUGGAACAUUACUGGAUAGUAAGGUUCGAGAAGCAUUGGCACGAAAGUUUUCACUAAGGAACUUAAGCUCUAUUCGUACCAGGAGUACGAGUGCAGGACCUUCAUCCUCAAGUGGAUUUCCUUUUUUUCAGAGGUUACGGCAGAGAAAUGUGUACAAUGUAUCGAGUGCCGAAAUGUCUUCAAGCAACUCAGAUACAGCUACUGACAGCUAUGCUGCUAGGGCCAUGUUAUAAGAGUCUGUUUAACUGCAAACAUCAUACAUUAUAUAGUAUAUUUGCAUGCAAAAUAAGAAAAGCUUUUCAUUGAUUAAGUGGUUGUUGUUAAUAUAUAAGAAAAUGAAAAUGAAUAAAUAAAAAAGAAAAUUAACAAGUAGAACUCGACAGGGAUGCAAACAAGUUUAGUCCUUCUUGUUACUAGUUUGCAUGCCUGAAAUACCCUUAAAUAUACUUUAUCAGUUCAGUCUGCUGUGAGAUUGUUUUAAAAUUCUUUAAGUUCAUUGGCUGGUUACAAUUGUAUUUCCAUAUAUAUCACAAAACCAUUCAACCAAUCAUUCUAGAGAUAUCACCCUUACAAGGGUCCGUAACAGCCAGAUGGACAGACAACCCAAAAACAUUCAGCUUUUCCACACACACACACACACACACACAUAUAUAUAUAUAUAUAUAUAUAUAUAUAUAUAUAUAUAUAUAUAGAUAUAUAUAUUUAAAAUACUAUUAUCAAAAGGUUUUUAAAAACUCUUCUAAUUUAACUUCAUUAUUUGAUACUGCACCCAUACAACGAUGAGAUAUUUUAUUCCUUAUUCUCCUCCAAAAAAUAUAAGUUUGGUAUCAAAUUCACCUUUUGAUCUACUAAUUGCCUGGAUCUUAAUUCAUAUCUUAACUACAUUCAAUUAACUGUCAUUUACUUUGAUUAAUCUCAUAACUACAGCUAUUCACUUUGACGAUUUCACACACAGGUAUGUGUUACAUUGCCAGAAUGCACCAAAUAUUUGAACAUGGUCCUGUUUUGUAAAUAACAUCCCACUAACAAGCUGGUCCUAUACAGAAACAGUAUGUGCAGUUAGUUAUGGUUAAAUGGAUGUUUAUGUGUCACUAAGAGAAACAACUGUUUCUACCAAAAAUUGUGAUUUACAGAUUUACUUGCCACUUUAUGCACAGUUUGUUUCAUUACUUACUGUCACCUCAGGAAACACUCCAUCAUCUAAACUGGAUUUCUAGAACCAAAGACCAACCCACGCUCACCAGUAGCCAAUCACAUUCAAAAUACACUGUGCAUUUCUGAGCCAUGGUUUAAAUGUUUGAUAUGUUUGGUUUUGCAUUUUUGUUUUAACCUUUGUGUCUUGGAUUACAUUUUGGUUGCCUGUCUUUCUCAAGCGUUGACCUGUCUGUUUAAAAACCUCUCAAUUUUGGAUUUGGGGCUGGAUUUUAUUACUGUUGCUGUGCUUUAAAUAAAUACAUCUCAACAAUGAA